AAGAACAAGUAAAAAAAAUCAAUAAAUUAGAAAUUUUAAAAAAUGUGGCUCAAAACUAUAAUCCACAAUAUCAGUAAUAUGAAAUUGUAAUAAUAAUUUGUAUAUAUAUGUAUUAUAAUGAACCUUUUCUCUCCAAGAUAGGCUGUAUUAGAACGUUUCUCAUUGGAUGGAAAUGAAAAGAAUGAAAUUCAAUAAAUAUGCUGCAUCCAAUGUGCACUUCAGUUCAUUCGAAGACUGUUAAAAAUGCCUCCUCAAGCAUCUGGGAAAGCUGUAAAGAAGGCCGGAAAGGCACAGAAAGCUGUCCGAGCUGGUGACAAGAAAAAGAGGAAGAAGCGCAGGAAGGAAUCUUUCGCUAUUUACAUCUACAAAGUUUUGAAACAAGUUCACCCCGACACUGGCAUCUCGAGUAAGGCUAUUAUGUCUAUCAUGAAUUCAUUCGUUAAAGACAUCUUCGAAAGCAUUGCAGCAGAAUCUUCUCGCUUAGCUCAUUACUAUAAGAGGAGUGCUAUCACUAGCCGAGAAAUACAAACUGCAGUACGACUAUUGUUGCCUGGUGAACUGGCAAAACAUGCUGUUUCGGAAGGAACCAAAGCUGUCACCAAGUACACCAGCUCUAAGUAA